GGGAGCUGGGACGAUUGUGUUUCAUUUUGCAUUGCUGAACUUUGUCGAGUUGAGCUCCGGCGUCAUCGAUAAUGUCAUAGUGAAAUGAAUGUGGAGCGCACGGAAGUCUGUGAGGAGUGAUUGUCUGAGUUGGUCCCUGGGCUGAAGUAGUGAUGACAGACCAUCUGCCUGCUCUCCUGGAAGCCUGUGUGGUGGUAGGAGCGUCUCGUGACAAACUCCAGGAGGUUUGCCAGGCCAUCAGCAAUAAUGGAACUCCAGAGGACCUCCUAUUGGAGCCGGAAAUACUGCAUGUCCUGGCACCUCCCUUUGUUCAUAGACCAGAACCUGAUGGUGAAGCAAUGAGGUCACACUGGAAGAAACGGCGCUCUUUUAUCAGGAAGAAGGGGGAACAUCCUCUUUCAGCUGCUGCAUGCCAAGGUGGAGAAGCAGUAGGAAAAGGAGGAAGUGAAGAUGUCACUGUACCUAAUGACAUUGACCUCAUGGCUUUACCUCAACUCUGCUUCCCUGGUGGGCUCCAUGUAACCAGUGAAUGGAGAGAAGCACAGUUCCACUUCCUGGUUUUCACGGAUGUCUUUGGGAACAAGACCCAUGGAGCAGUAAUGCAGUGUUACCGACCAAUAGUGGAAGGGACAUCUUUCUACCAGAAUGGAACUGGAUCCUCCAAGUUUUCUAAACAUUUCUCUGCCUACAGUUUCUGUGUCAUAUCCAAGUAUCCUUACUUCACUGUGCUCAGAGACUGCCUGUCAUGUCUGUUAAUCCAGCUGAGAACCUGCCAUUUAUCAGACAUGGAGGAGAGAGUGAAGGAGUUUGCAGCCAAACUGACACUUGUGCCCGUCCCACCUCCUGGACACCUACAUUUGAUGUUUACAUUAGAUCCUCUGACCAUCGUAUUACCAUCCGGAGAAGACAAAGACCAACCAGCUGUAGAUUUAGACCUCCACCUUCCUUUCCUCUGCUUCAGGCCACAGCAGCUACUGCAGGUGAUGUCUUGUCUCCUGCAGGAACAGCAGGUGGUGUUAUUUUCUGCAGACUGGGCCAGACUCACACUGAUGGCAGAGAUUUUCUUACUUUUUCUGAAGCCUCUGUCAUGGCAGCACCCUUAUGUUCCUGUUCUGGCCAGAGGCAUGCUGGACUUUCUCAUGGCUCCGACUGCAUUCCUCAUGGGCUGCCACCUCAGCCAUCUGACAGAGAUUGCUGCUGAAACAAAUGAUCUGAUCCUAAUCAACAUUGAUAAUGGAAGUGUCUCCACUUCUUCUUCUGAUACUGUUGACCUACCAGGCAUUCCUCCAUCUGCUGCACACUGCUUCUUACAGAGGUGUCAGUCGCUGCAGAUACAUUUUGACUUGGAUCAUUGGCACCAUGCGAGCUGCACUGACAUCAAUGAGCAGCGGACACAGAGGAGAAUGUGGCAACACAACCUCAACCACAGCAUCCAGAGGAUUGCACUGGAGCUUGUCUUCAACAUAUUCAGGGAUGUUAGCAGUCAUUUGAACUAUGAACAUCGAGUGUUUAAUGGUAAAGAGUUCCUGAAAACCAGAGAGCCAGCCGAACAACUGUUUUACAAGAAGGUGUUGGAGACGCACAUCUUCCAUUCCUUCCUCAAGGAUCGUCUGAACAGGAAAAUGGACAAUUAUGCUCGCAUGGAACACAGCAGUCGUUCUGAGAUGAAGAAGAUGAAGGUUAAAGUCCUACCCAGAUCCACCAUGAAGGAUAUUCAAGCCUGGAGAAAGAGCGACAUCCCUGAGACAAGGCCGAAUAAAAGAAUGGGGAUGAGCCUUCCUAACUUGAGAGACCACCGAACUAUCACUGUCCAACAAAGCUCACCGCUGAGUAGCACCGUCACAUCUGAACCUUUGAGAAGUCCUCCUAAGCCCGUACACAUGUUUAGACUCCCAGACUUCCCAGUGUCUUUGUCCUUCCACUCUGUCCAAAGCUACUACAGUGAGCUCACCCAGCACCUUGGCAAGGCUAUCUUCUCUGCCCAAAAUGAGAACUCUGCUCUGUUGGCCAGAUUUUACUACUUGCGUGGUUUCAUCAACACACUGUGUUCACGGCGGCUGGAUGCUCUGAGUGAUUUCCAGAACCUCUACAAAACAGACACCGCCAUCUUCCCUACUCAGCUGGUCACGUGGCUUGUGGAUUCAUUGCGCCAAGACGAGAUACAGCAGGCCGACAUGCGACCUGAACUAAAGAGACUCGUCCUCAAGGUAAAGACAGAGACUGAGAAGCCAUCGGUGCAGAUUGACAACCAUGUGAAGAAGUUUGAGCUUCCCAAAGAGUCUUUGUGCCAGGACAAGUUUGUGCGUUGCGUCCAGGAGUGUGGGAUCGUUAAGGAUGUGGCGACCAUACACUGUUUGUUUGAUGCGCUCACUGAUGGCCGGCUGACGGUGGUGGACCCUGAACUCUUCAAAGACUUCUACACCUUGUGGAAGGACACAGAGGCUGAAGCCCACGAUGUCAACUUCAACCUGCCUUCAGAGGUCAUAGACCACCUUGACAAUAACGAGUGUGUCUUCAAGUUGUCAUCCUGUGUUAAGACUUCCCAUGGUGUUGGUAAAAUUGCCAUGACACAGAAACGUUUGUUCUUGCUUACUGAGGGACGACUGGGCUACCUGGAAAUCACAAAGUUCAGAGACAUACAGGCCGUGAAGAUCGCCACAGCUCCGUUUCUUCUUGUUCGUAUACCUUCCCUUUGUAUCCAGACCUCCAGCAGGCCUGAGGUGUUUGAGGCCAACCUGAAGGCAGAGACUGAACUGUGGAACCUUGUGGUCAAAGAAAUGUGGGCUGGACGCAAGAUGGCCGAUCAACACAAGGACCCUCAGUACAUGACUCAGGCUCUGACCAACGUCCUGUUAAUGAAUGCUGUCAUGGGCUGCCUGCAGACCCAGAGGUCCAUCCAUGCUGCCUCAAAGCUGGCCUACUUUGACAAGAUCAGACAUGAAGUGCCCAUGAUGAUGUCCGGAACUACCUCCGAAACUCUAAAACACAAGAUCAACCCAUCACUUGACCUGACUGAACCUCAAACUGUACAUGUGUUACUAUACACACCAGGUCAUCUGACAUCCAGUGAUUCAGAGGGUGACAUGAACCCGAAGCUGUGGGUGGCUCUCAGCGGGGGCAAAGUGGUUGUGUUUGAUGCAACUACCUGGUCCAUGGUGCAAAACAGCAUCCAGGUUGGAGAGUCGAAACUGAACUGCAUGCUGGGAUUGGUCCAGGAGCAGGUGUGGAUUGGCUCUCAGGACUCUGUAAUCUACAUCAUUGACAAUCACAGCAUGUCCUGCAACAAACAGCUAACUGAGCACAGACAUGAAGUGACUGGACUCACAGUGGACACCUGUCAACAGACGUACUCCUGCAGCUGUGAUGGGAUGAUACUACAGUGGGACUCAGCCAGUCUCAAAGUGAAGCGACAGCUUAGCCUCAGCUGUGACCGUCUGUCGUCUAUACAGAUGUAUGAUGGCACACUGUGGUGCUGUUGUGGUGACAGCAUUGUGGAACUGAAUGAGAAUGGGACACCACAACGAAGAAUGGCACUUCCUGACCACCUGCGGAGCAUUCCCAGUAGCUUCAGUACCUUCAUUGUCAUUCCAGAGCGAGGUCAAGUGUGGACAGGCUGUGCAGACUCGGGGGAGCUGUGUCUCUGGCAGACUGACAACCACAGGCAUCCGUACAAGAGAAUCCCCCUGCAAGGCAGUUCAGGAGUCACCUGUAUGAUUCGAGUCAAGGACCAGGUCUGGGUGGGCUGCCGUGGAUGGAGCAGUGUCGGAGGUCAGUGGCACGGUCAGCUGAGAAGUCGGGUAUUAGUGGUGGACCCAGAGAGUCUCACAGUGGCAAAGGAGCUGCAGGCACAUUCAGACAGCAUUCAGACACUCUGCUCUGCUGAGGAUCGCUAUGUCCUGAGUGGUGCUGCACGGCGUGAUGGCAAAAUCGCCAUCUGGAAAGUCGAGUAGAGACCAGAGGUGAAGAAAGCACUUAAAUGGAAAGAGACUGGUGUUGGCCCACCUGAAGGACAUCGUAGACCC